CAUUAGUCAAGCGCUAUUACUAACAUGUUGCAGGUGAAACUAUAGUAAAUCAUCACGCUCAAUUUUAUUGUAAUUAUAAUACCUGCUUUUAAAUUCUUAAAUAAUGUUUGUGUUCAAAGAAGUAAAAAACUUCCUGGCGAUAUUAGCAUUGAUGGAUACUUUGAAGCCACAUAAUUGUGAAAUGGAAACGAAAAUUAUAGGUGGAAGUUUUACCACGAUUAAACAGUUUCCACAUGCUGUUUUUUUAAAUGUAUAUUGUAAAAACGUAAAUUGGGUAUGUGGAGCUUCAGUUUUAAACCAAAAAAUUUUGAUAACAGCAGGUCACUGUCUUAGUGGCUGUGAAAUGUGGGCAGAUAGAAUAGACGCCUUUGGGGGCAAUGAAGAUUACACAUCAAAGUUAGCUGUCUAUAGAAAAGUUAUGAGGAUUAGAGUACACUCUGAAUACGACGAGCGAACUGUUUCUAACGAUAUUGGUUUGGCUCUGGUGAAUAGAAACUUUGAUCUCAACAACAAUGUAAAACGAUUGAUUGUUCCUGUACAAUUUCCUAAUUACAAAACUGGAACAGUAGCUGGCUGGGGAGUUACAAAUAAUUGGUCCGGAGGUACAAGAGUGUUAAAGUCGGUGGCCCAAAAUAUAAGAACUCGCGAUAUUUGCCGCGCCAUAUACGGAUUUAAGAGUGGCAUGCUUUGUGCUGGAAGUAAGGAAAAGAAUGUUGAUCAACCUGCAUCGCUGGACGCGCUUUCCACCUGCGCCAUCGAGCUUCAAGGGGGACUCUGGCAGUGCCCUAGUCUCAUCAAAUUAUCAACAAGUGGGGAUGGGAUUGGUGUCCUACAAAGAUAUGAGAUGGCCAGCUUUGAUUGUUUAUUCCAACCUCACGUACUACCACCGUUGGAUCACGACGUAUUCCAAAGCAUUAUAUUGCAAUUAUUAAGCGAUUAA